AUGAAAUUCGCAGCCACCGCUCUAAUUUUCACCACCGCUAUCGUCGGUACUUUCGCCGUUGACGCAACAUGCCCCACCUGUCCUAACUCUCUGGACGCUCUCGUUGGCUUAGUCAAUCAACUGCAACAAUCGUUGGCUCCGCUCUUGAACGUCCUUCCCCUCAAUUUGGGAUCCGUCAUCAACCAAGUGCUGGACUUGGUGAAGAAUCUCUUGAGCAAUUUAGGAAACGGCUUGACCGGCGACUUGCAGAACGUGUUGCAACAGAUCGGUACCACCGUGCAGACACUCCUUGGUGGCGGUACCGUCAGCGUCAACGUGCCCCAAACCAGCGUGCCCGGAAUCUGCCUUCCCUCAGUCGAAACCCCCCAAAUCUAUUUCUGA